UUUAACACUAAACAGAGCCUUCCUGUGUCGGAGCGGCGCUGAUUUAAGGCUGAAAAGGUUUUUUUUUCGGCGGCCGGGCCCCUCGGGGCGGCCGCGGCCCCUCCUCGCCCGCCUGACGCCUCCCCCGGCCGGGCGGCCAUGGCGGCUCCGCGGCGCGGGCCCGGCGCGAUGGCGGGGCCGGGGCCCGGGCCGGCCCCUCCGCGCCUGGCGCUGGCCCUGGCCCUGCUCGCCGCGCUGGUGGCCGUCAAAUACUACCGGGACGCGGAGGAGGCGCGGCGGCAGGAGCUGGCUCUGAAGUCCUUGGGGAAUGAGGGGCUGUUCCUCUUCUCCUCCCUGGACACGAACAAGGACCUGUACCUGAGCCCAGAGGAGUUCAAACCCAUCGCUGAGAAGCUCACAGGGGUUGCUCCAGACUCGGAGUCAGAGGAGGAGGAGACGCCGGAUCCCGAUGGGGAGACUUUGUCCAUUGUGGCCAAAUUCCAGCCCUUGGUCAUGGAAACAAUGACGAAGAGCAAGGAUGGUUUCUUGGGAAUUUCUCACGUGGCUCUGUCUGGGCUCAGGAACUGGACGGCCCCAGCAGCCCCCAUGAGUGUCCUGCUUGCCAGGCAGUUUAAAGCCUUUCUCCCUCCAAAGGAUGAUCUGGAUCUGGGGGAACCCUGGUGGAUAAUUCCCAGUGAACUGAACAUCUUCACUGGGUAUCUCUCCAACAACAGGUUUUACCCUCCACCUCCCAAGGGCAAAGAGGUGCUGAUCCACAGGCUGCUGAGCAUGUUCCACCCACGCCCCUUCGUCAGGACGCGCUUCGCCCCGCAGGGAGCCGUGGCCUGCGUCCAGGCCCGCAGCAGCUUCUACUACACCAUCGCCUUCCGGAUCCACGCUGAAUUCCAGCUGAACGAGCCACCAAACUUCCCCUUCUGGUUCUCCCCGGGGCAGUUCACAGGUUACAUUGUCCUGUCCAAGGACUCUUCCCACGUCAGGGACUUCAGGCUCUUUGUUCCUAACAACAGGUCCCUCAACGUGGACAUGGAGUGGCUGUACGGGGCCAGCGAGAGCAGCAACAUGGAAGUGGACAUUGGAUACCUGCCUCAGAUGGAGCUGGAGUCCACGGGGCCCUCCAUCCCCUCGGUGAUCCACGACGAGAACGGGAACGUCCUGGACAGCAGGGAGCCCUCGGGGGAGCCCAUCCAGUUCGUGUUCGAGGAGAUCCCCUGGCAGCAGCAGAUCCCCUGGCAGGAGGCAGCCCACAGGCUGGAAGUGGCCAUGUAUCCCUUCAAGAAGGUGUCCUACCUGCCCUUCACAGAGGCCUUUGAGAGAGCACAAGCAGAGAAGAAGCUGGUGCACUCCAUCCUGCUCUGGGGUGCCCUGGAUGACCAGUCCUGCUGAGGUUCGGGGCGAACUCUCCGGGAGACGGUCCUGGAAAGUUCGCCCAUCCUCGCCCUGCUCAACGAGAGCUUCAUCAGCAGCUGGUCCCUGGUGAAGGAGCUGGAGGAGCUGCAGAGCAACAGAGAGAAUGAGUUCCACAGCAAACUGGCUGAGCUGCACCUGGAGAAAUACAACUUCCCUGUGGAGAUGAUCAUCUGCCUGCCCAAUGGCACAGUGAUUCACCAUAUCAAUGCCAACUAUUUCCUGGACAUUACUUCUAUGAAGCCUGAGGAUGUUGAAAGCAGCAUCUUUAGUUUCUCAACCAAUUUUGAAGACCCUUCAACUGCAACUUACCUCCAGUUCCUGAAGGAAGGGCUGCAGAGAGCAAAACCAUACCUGCAGCCCUAGAAACAGGCACCUGAACGCCCCACUGAGAUGGCCAAAGACUUCAGAGAUCUAUUUUGAUUACAGCAAACCCUCCUCAUCUCCAUGCCAGACGUUGGUGUUGAACUGCAGGCAGCCCCAGGCCGGGGCUGUGCUCUGGAUCUUGGUUUGAGGCUGGUGGUCCCAGGUUCCACAACCUGCCCUUUGCAGCUCAGGCACGUUUUUUACAGGAGUGAAAAUACUUGAAUCCAUUCCCAGUGCCCAUGCCUGGGCGUGCCACCCACCCUCAUCUGCACAGCUCUUCCAAGACUGGAGAAAGGAGGACAAGCCCAGGACUGCAGCGCUGCCCUCGUGGGGAGGACAGGACCAGCCCCCCUGGGCCAGCCCUGCACAGUGGCUGACGGUGACAGUGACAAUCUGUGUGGCAGCCCUGGGCCGGGGAUGGGCUCUGAGCAGCGCCCUGUGUGACCUGGUGGCCCAGCUCAGGCAGGGCCUGUGCCCCUGAGGGUGGCACGGGGACACCAGCAGUGGCACCAGGGCACUGAGGUCUGGUGCAGCUCAGAGGGGCCGGGUCAGGAUCAAUUUGAGAACCCCCAGUGACCCCAGGCUAAAGGAGACAGCAGUGAGAGUGUCCCACCCAUCCAUCCCUGCCAGGGCCCCCUCCCCUGCAGCUCUGGGAGCUUCUCCCAGUGUCCCCUCAGAGCUGCUGCUCUGUCCCUGUUUGCUUUGAGCUUCCAGGUCGUGCUGGGUGAGGAACCAUGAAGUUCCCUCAGGGAACUGCCCUGAGAGCAUCCCCUGAGUGAGAACUGGGCAUUUCUAAAAGCCAGGAGUACAGAAAGGUAUUUUCAGGAUUUUUUUCCAAAGAGAUUGUUCAGACAUGAAGCCAUUAUCCCGUAUCUGAAGCCACUCUGAGCAGUUGCUCCUGCUCUGUGCUAGUGCCUGGAUACAGAGUGAGCAUCGUUUUGUAAUUUGGAGAAGGAAAGGUUAAGGGAAACAGGUUUUAAGGCAUAUUCCUACAGACUUGUGAGGAGACAAAGCAUCUUCUGUAGCUGCCUGCAGCCAGCCCUGCCUGGUGAUGCUUUUUCUGCUCUCUGAAGCACAAUUUUAUUGGACCAAAUCAAAUUAAGGGAAAAGCCUUUUUUUUUUUUUUUUUUUUUUUUUUUUUUUUUUUUUUUUUUUUUUCUGACGAGGUAUUUUCAUUGCUGGGCUCCAGGUCCUGGGAGGAGCCUGUCCUCUGUCCCCACCGUGCCCAGCCUUCCUGUCCCUACCCGAGCCUGGAGACUGAGCUCAGCCGCGCCUCUGGGCUGGACCAGAGACACUUCACUAAUUGCUGCAGUGAGAUGAAUGCCUGGCCCCGGGAUGUUUCUCAGCGUUGGCUCUGUAACUAUGCAUUGGCUGGGCACUUCCCCACUCUCCGGUGUGGCAGCCUGAGCUGUGGCCGUGCCUCCAGGCGGCAUUUGAGACUGUUCUGCCACCCCUCUGGGGACUGCCACCCCUCCGGGGACUGCCAUCCCUCCGGGGACUGCCACCCCUCCGGGGACUGCCAUCCCUCCGAGGACUGCCACCCCUCCGGGGACUGCCAUCCCUCUGGGGACUGCCACCCCUCCGGGGACUGCCAUCCCUCCGAGGACUGCCACCCCUCCGGGGACUGCCACCCCUCCGGGGACUGCCAUCCCUCCGGGGACUGCCACCCCUCCGGGGACUGCCACCCCUCCGGGGACUGCCAUCCCUCCGGGGACUGCCAUCCCUGCAGCGCUCCAGCUCGGAGGGAGCCUUUGGGAUCCCACCCGGGACCUGUUCAUUCCUUCAGGAGCUCCCCGGGAGAAGGGGACGGGUCUGGAGAGCGGCGGAGGGAGCCCCAAGCCGGAGCGCCUGGGGGAUCCCGAGGGGUCACAGGGGACGUGUCCCUGUCCCUGUUACCGCCGAGCUGUUCUGCCGCUGUCCCUGCGCUGCCGCCCGAGGCUCAUCACUCCGUGCCCGGCGUUCGUCCCGUCUGUACCGCCCGUUCAUUCUGUACCGCCCGUUCAUUCUGUACCGCCCGUUCAUUCUGUACCGCCCGCUCUGUACCCCUCACCCUGUACCCCUCAUUCUGUACCCCUCAUUCUGUACCUGCUCCCGGCGCUGCCGCCGCCCCUUCCGCGCCUUGUGACGCCCUGGCCCGAAACCCGCGGCGGGCCCGGGCCGAUGCCGGCCGGGAGGGGCGGCGGAGCGGCCCCGGUAAAACCACCCGUGACCCUCA